AUGGCCGACCCUGCCGACGAGCAGCUCAUCCAGCCCCUCGUGGGCGCCAUCCCGCCCUCGGUCGUCUCGACGAGCAAGAUGCUCAAGACCUACUCCAAGCUCGUCGCCGUACUCGCCGACUAUGCCCGCUCGGAUCGCACCGAUGCGACGGCCACCGCAGCGUUCGAGAAGAAGAUCCGACCCAUCCUCACAGACUCCGGGUGCGGUAGGAAGGCCGUCUCGGAGAUCGUCGAGGCCUGCUCAAAGGUCAGCAUGCCCUCACCUGCGUCGAAGCUGGACAGCAAGGAAGAUGACAAGGACGUCAAGGCGGCAGCGGACUCGAUGCAAAACCUGACCCUCGAUACAGCGAGACCCAAGACUGACCAGGCCGACGGGGCUCCGGCCACGCAGAAGCCCAAGAAGGCUGAGCGAGCUACCGUGAAGAGCAAGACCGACUCGACGGCGGCGACCGAGACGACCUCAUCAACCAUAUCAAAGCAGAGCAGCCUUGCUCCGGACGCCAAGGACGCGCACCUCAGCCUCAUCCAUGCCACGAGCCAGGAGUCGCGCUUCUACCUCGAUGCGACCGACACGGCCUCGCUCGAGGUGGACCUUAAGGACGUGACCAUCACCCUGGCCGGCCGCGAGCUGCUCCAAAACGCCCACCUCCGCCUCAAGUCUGGCGUGCACUACGGCCUCGUCGGCCGCAACGGCAGCGGCAAAAGCACCCUCCUCGCCGCCAUCGGCGAGCGCAUCAUCCCCGGCCUGCCCAACGGACUCAAGAUCCUCCUCGUCAGCCAGAUCGCAACGGCGCGCCAGGCGGCCGAGAGCGAGGCCAACUCGGUGCUCGACGUCGUCGUGCGCAGCGACCUGGAGCGCACUCGGGCAGAGGCCGAGGUUCAGGCGCUCAAUGCCGUGCUCGAACAGUCGACGGUGGCAGAGGAUGGCGUGCGCGAUGCCGUGCUUCGCCUGCGGUUGAGACGCGCGACGGACCGGCUUGAAGAGGCGAGGAAGAUUGCUAUCAAGCGCAGUGGCGCUCGCGGCGCAUUGGCACGGAAAGACCUCGUUGCGGCGGAAAGAGAGCACGAAGAGGCCAAGGCUGAUGUCGAAAGAGCAACCGAGAUGCCGCUCGACGGAAGCUGGACCGAAGAGGCGGCCAAGAUGCUGCUCGACGCGCAGAGGCUCCUCGAGAGCGUCGAGGCCAACACCACCGAAGCGCGGGCGCGCAAGAUCCUUCACGGCCUCGGCUUCAGCGCGAGCCGGAUCGAAGGGCCCUACAGCGCCCUCUCUGGCGGGUGGCGCUCGCGCGCCUCGCUCGCCGCCGCGCUGCUGCAGCCCGCGCACAUCCUCCUGCUCGACGAGCCGGUCAACUACCUCGAUCUGCCCGCCGUCCUGUUCGUGCAGACCUUCAUCAAGGACGUGCCGCACACGGUCGUCACCGUCAGCCACGACCGCGAGUUCCUCGACGAGGUGACCGACGAGCUCAUCAUCCUGCGCCAGUCUAGCCUCUCGUACCACUCGGGCAACCUGACCGAGGUGGAGCGCGAGAAGCGCAAGAAGCGCAAGCACGCGCUGCGCCAGCAGGAGGCCCUCGACCGCAAAAAGGAAAAGGUGCAGAAGUCGAUCGCCGACGUCGCCAAAAAGGCGAAAAAGUCGGGCGACGACAACAAGAUGCGCAUGGUCAAGAGUCGCCAGAAGAAGCUCGACGACCGCUGGGGUCUCGAGGUCAACGCCAAGGGCCACCGCUUCAAGCUCAACCGUGACCUCGGCGGCUACCACCUGACGAGCCGGGGCGGUGUCGAGAUCGAGACGCUCGACUCGGAAAUCAGCUUCUUCUUUCCUGACCCCGAUGAUCUGCGCUUUCCGGGCUCGCUGGUCCACAUGGAGAAGGUGUCGUACCGCUACGAGGGGGCGCCCAAAGCUACGCUGAGGGACGUCAACCUCACCAUCGGACCGGGCGAGCGGGUGGCGCUGGUCGGACCCAACGGACACGGCAAGACCACGCUCCUCAACGCCUUGACGGGCAAGCUGACUCCGACCGCCGGCAAGGUGGAGCGGCACAGCCGCGUCAAGAUUGCCAUCUACGCGCAGCACACCAUCGAGGACCUGUUGUCGUCGUGCCGCGCCGCUCUGGCUGCGGCGGGUGUCAGCACUGCUGCGACGUCGACGGUCGACGCCGCUGGUCUCGGAAAAAAGAAGGGAUCUGUCGCUGUCGCUGCGACGAUCCCGGGCACGACAGCGCUGAGCCACUUUUUGGCGAGCACCGAUGGCCGCGUGGACGAGGCUCAGGCGCGCGCCUUUCUGGGCCAGCUCGGGCUCAAGGGCCGGACGGCGGACACGGUGCUUCUGACCGGACUGAGCGGAGGGCAGCUGGUGCGGCUGGGACUGGCCGAGGUGAUGUGGUCUGCGCCAGACCUCGUCAUUCUGGAUGAGGUGACGACGCACCUCGAUGCCGACACCAUCGAUGCGCUCGUGCGCGCGCUGCGGUCGUACCGCGGCGCCGUGCUGCUCGUCAGCCACGACCGGUACGCCGUCAAGCGGAUCAUCGAGAUGGCCAAGGACCCCGCCGCGACUGGAGGUGGCGACUCGGACGAUUCCGACUCGGACGACGACGAAGACGACGGUGCGGAUGUAGACGAGGAUGAGCUGGAGCCGCACCGCAAGCCGGGCCGGACCUACCUCGUCAAGGACGGCACAAUGCGGCUGCUGGAACGGGGCAUGGACGAGUACACGGACUCGGUGGUCAAGAAGGUGCUGGGGGGAAGCGGACCUGUCUAG